GGCGUUGGAGGGGCGGAAAUCGAUUGUUAGCUCGCCAAGGGGCGGAGCUACAGAGCGUGGUGCGUCCUCCUCCUAGUCAAGCUGCAGAACUUUCUUUUUAGUGCUGCUGCUAAUGGGACAGAGUUGCGGCUAAGAACCCAGCCGGCUCCGCGACCAGAGGGCGGGAUUCCAGCCAGCGCGUUUCUUCUUUAGUUCUUCGCGCUGCCCGCCAGGCCUGCCUCGUUAGAUGCUAUGGAAGGAGCAAAGGAGCGACACUGAAAGUCGGCUUCAGUCCCACCACAACUUUUGCUAUAACGGAGCUGAGCACAAGCAAGACGAAUGUUACUGUUAGAUUGCAAUGCAAAGCCGAAUGGCCCGAGUCUCCUGGAAGCAGGGACCGAAGUGAACGUACCUGAUGAAGCCUUUGGGCAAUCCCCAGCUCAUUUGGCUGCUCGUGGAGGACAUGCUUUCUUCCUGCUUUGGCAAUUGCAGACAGGAGCUAAUCUGAACCAACAGGAUUGGCUUGGGGAAGCUCCAAUUCACAAGGCAGCUAAAGUUGGGAGCUUGGAGUGUCUGACCUUUCUUGUUGCCAGUCAUGCCAAUAUUGAUUUAUGCAAUAAUAAUGGACAAACAGCUGAAGACCUUGCGUGGGCUUUUGGAUUUUCAAAAUGUGCACAGUUCCUCAUGACAGUGAAACAUGUUCAAAAUGGGAGAGCGAUUACACAGUGUAGUUACUCCCUGCAUGACAAUGAUGGUGUACUCAGAAAGGCUUCAACAAGACAGAAAAGGGCAUGUGAAAGCUGGAGCCCCAUAAGCAAGAAGAGAGUGAGAUCAAAUGAUACCGUGUCUCCAAUGUCAUGUGAAAGGUGAUCACCAUGAAGAAAAAGCUGAACAAUCAGAACCCUGCAGAGAAACACUGGGGCUGCAGUUCAAAAACCCAAAUAUUUGGAACAAUGCCUUCUGAGAAGGAGAAUGGUUGCUUCUUAAAGAAUGUAGUUUUUAACAUAAUUUCUGUAUGUACACAAUAAACAUGUAUAAUAGUG